AUGAAAGAUAUCAACGAGACCUCUGGUCCACUCCACUAUAAAAACAGAGAACACCCUCCUACCAACCAGGGAACACCCUCCUACCAACCAGGGAACACCGUCCUACCAACCAGGGAACACCCUCCUACCAACCAGGAACACCCUCCUACCAACCAGGGAACACCCUCCUACCAACCAGGGAACACCCUCCUACCAACCAGGGAACACCGUCCUACCAACCAGGGAACACCCUCCUACCAACCAGGAAACACCCUCCUACCAACCAGGGAACACCCUCCUACCAACCAGGGAACACCCUCCUACCAACCAGGAAACACCCUCCUACCAACCAGGGAACACCCUCCUACCAACCAGAGAACACCCUCCUACCAACCAGGGAACACCCUCCUACCAACCAGGGAACACCCUCCUACCAACCAGGGAACACCCUCCUCAGGGAACACCCUCCUACCAACAAGGGAACACCCUCCUACCAACCAGGGAGUGUUCCUCCUACCAACCAGGGAACACCCUCCUACCAACCAGGGAACACCCUCCUACCAACCAGGGAACACCCUCCUACCAACCAGGGAACACCCUUCUACCAACCAGGGAACAACAUCCUACCAACCAGGGAACACCCUCCUACCAACCAGAGAACACCCUCCUACCAACCAGGGAACACCCUCCUACCAACCAGGGAACACCCUCCUACCAACCAGGGAACAACAUCCUACCAACCAGGGAACACCCUCCUACCAACCAGAGAACACCCUCCUACCAACCGGGGAACACCCUCCUACCAACCAGGGAACACCCUCCUACCAACCAGGGAACACCCUCCUACCAACCAGGGAACACAGUCCUACCAACCAGGAAGCACCUAUAGCUAUGACAGAGAACGGGCCUUUGGAUUAG